CCAAGACUUCAGAUAUUUCACGCUUACAUCUAUACAACAACACCGUACGAAACGAAAAAAGUAACGCAAUAUGACUCGUUUCUUCUACUUACUAUGCAAGAGUACUGAAUACUAGCGGACCGCUACGGCUAUGUGGUGCACGCAGCAGAAAAGCCUCGUGCGGCCCAAUAUGCGGCCCAUCCGUGUCAACCUGCCAGCUCUGCCUUCUAUCCCAACGCCCACCUUACUACGUACCACUACCUAUUCCAUGUUCGCACUCUCUUGGCCGUGGUUUACACUAAGGUGGCUCGCAACAUUCAUUACCAUGCUCCGCCCAGUAGCGGGGUUACCGACCUCAUCAUCUUUUCGCCGAUGGUGGCGCCUGCCAGUUGAAGUCUCUCAUGUUUCUCCCGUCUUCUCGAAGGUGUUGGCGCCGCCACAACGUGACGGGCCGCGCAUAUCUAGUGUAUUGUACCGGGCUAGGUUCUCUAGUUCUUCGCCCCCAGUUCGGACUAACCGUCAUCAAGUCGCAAAAGGUUGGUGGUGGAUGGAUGGAUGGACCGAUUAUCAAACUUCGGUCGUCUUGCUGAAUGAUACGCUUGGCGGCCGCGGUUCUUCUUCUCCGACCUCGGUGCAGCCGGCGGCUUUCAAGACAUUUCCUUCUCGGAUUGACCGGGCGCCACGCAGUUGAGCUUAUCCGGCAAUGCCUAG